AGAAAUCUAUGAAGGCUGGAACUGCUGAUAAAAAAUAUGUAUGAACAUGGAACAUAACUUUUAUGUCUGUUGCAUUUGAAAUAGAAAAUAGAAAUUAAGGAUGUAAAAACACUAAAACGUGUGAGAAGGUCGAGGGGCAAAGACCAAAGUACUUGCUCUUGUGCUGUUGCCAAGUGCCAACUGCACCGUUCACAGUGUCCACAAAGUUUCCUCGUGUCACUGCUUGCCAGUUCUUGCGCUCAAUGUUUAUAGCUAUGAGCACACGGUCAUAGUGAUGCAGUCAGAGCAGAAGAAUGGCGCAAGCAGAAAGAACACCGAGUUUCCUCCACUUGCCAGUGAGGGGAAAAACGUCUUGUUUCGGAUAUCUUCGGGUUUUAUUUUUUGCACUUUUUCAUAUAGCUCAGGCAAAUAAACAAGCAUUCAUCCAAUCAGACACAAUCUUAGAGGUACUUCACUUUGGUGAGGGAGGCCUCUUGCAGAUAGAGCCUGACCUUCACCUGGGUUCAUAUCAUCAAAAAAGCUCACCCUUACAGAGAGGGAACAGCAGGCCCAUACGCUUUGAGCCGCCAAUGCUGGACUUCCAUGAACAGCCUGUUGGAAUGCCAAAAAUGGAGAAAGUUUAUUUGCACAAUCCUAGUGCAGAGGAAAUAAGCUUGAUAUCUAUAUCAGCAACAACUGCACAUUUUCAUGCAUCAUUCUUUCAAAACAGGCUCUGAAUCCAGUGCACUCCUGAACAGAGGAGAUGGUGAAUGGUGUGACUGUGCUGCUCAGCAUGUUUGAGUCCUGAGAGUAGAGCAGGAAAAUCAAGUCAAAUAAGGAAGAAUGUUGGCUGGAGCAAAAACGCCCUCUUUCCACCUGGUAUUUAAACAUUUUUAUUGUUAAAGCGAUUUGUUUAUGUCUGGCUGUCAUCCAGUAUAUUCUAAAAUGAUAUCGCAUCAUGACAAGAAUCUUCAUGUUUACUGCUUUCACACCCAAGACUGACCUUAAUUGGUUGGUUACAUUUACAGUUCCAAAAGUAGCUCAGCCUUUUGAUUCCAAUCUUUUGAUUGGAUAAUUGUCAUAUUCUUUCUCUCCAGUUAAUUCAUCCCUUCUCUUCUCUCC